AUGGACAGCCUGGAUCGCAUUAUUCAGGAGGCACAAGGCCUUCUUCAAAGACUCAUGGCGUCUAAAACGGCGUUACAGCUAGAGCAGCAAACACAACAAACACUCCAACAAACGAACCUCGGCACAGCUGCAGUUGCAUCGUUAUCCUCCACUCCGCAGAACCAUGUCAGAGUCGCCCUUCGUGAUCUGACUUCAAUCGCUCAAGAAGCCGUUCUUUUUUCGACCUCGUUUCUAUCUUCAUUCGAUCUGGAUAACGGGACAACCGAAACGGCUUCCUUCACGUCCGGUGCCGCCGCGGUAUUGACUCAGCGGACGCCGCUCCCUCCGUCUCCUCCGGAUCACUCACUCUCCGACCAUGACCAGGCAACUCUCGCACCGGCAACCCCGCGACCAGAGCAUUCCUUGCGUCCCAAUACCCCGUCAUCAAUAGAGUCUUUUGUUGAGGUUCGUGAUGCGACCGAGUCCAACGGAUCGGGGGGCAAAGGCGCCAAAAGGCAAGGCGGGGUUGGUCCAGGCCAACCCACCAAGAAGCCGAGGAUAGAAGGCAGCGCAUCUUCAAAGGGAGGCUCACACUCGGCCGAAAUUGAGAAGCUAAUCCUAAAGCUCAAAAACCAUGAUCAACUAUGCCGGAUCCCUUCAUUCCCCGCAACCGACCCUCCAACAGCGGCGAUGCUCCAGCGAGUUGCUGCCAUUCAGAGCGGGCCAGCAAUACGCCAGUUUUGCUCUCUUAUUGCUGCGAGGAGGGAUCGGACCACCGAUAUGGGCCUGUUUCAAACCCAGAGUCAAGGCGUUGAACGAGCGAUGGAGCUAUGGAGGAGUCUGAGGCUGAUUACGGACAAGUCGGUUCUGAACAGCUUCAUGUCGCGACUCGUGCAGUACCAAAUGGCUCUGGCCGUUGACAAUACCAAGCAAGGCCGGAUCCGUGCCGACCCAGUCGAGAUUAACAAAAUGAUGGACAAGUUCGGAUUCAGCGCCUCGGACCGUACCAAGUUCCAGCAUCAGGUCACACAAGGCCGGUUUUGGCGUCUGGUCUGCGGACGAUUCCCAGGACUCUUGUGCCUGAUCCCUUUCAAGUCGGCAAAGCCGUACUGCUUGUCAGGGCGUGACUACCUCAGUAUGAGAGGGGGCGAGCUAGAAAGGUUUGCAAAGCUCGUCGACACCCCUUUCGUGGAACGCAUCUGUCAGGCGUGUGAAGCGUUGAUCGACAUGGUCUUGGGAGUCAAGGACGAUAUGAUGUUUAAAUGGGAAAAGGAGCAUCCUGCACUUCUCUCCUGGGAAAAGAGCCUCUCCGACGACAUCUUGUUAUCACUACUACAACCGCACGAAUACUGCGAAGAGAACCAGUAUGAUGGCGAUGAGUUCCCCGACUGGGCCAAGCCAACCGGUUGGCUGGAUGAAUGGCCCUGGAAGGCCAAUCCCCUCGCAAUCGUUUCAACAGAACGUCAAUGCGAUUUCUGCUCCGAAAGCAAUUGCCAAUGUCUCUACACAAGACUGGUCAAGCGUAGGCCACGUAUAAAGUCAUGGGGCAAUCUGGGAUUUGGUCUCCAAGCAGUGGCUUCUCGUGAAGGAGAGGUCGCCUACAGGAAAGGCGAGGUGAUGGGGCAGAUCUGCGGCAAGAUCGUACCCAGUGGCACUUAUCCUCACAACUCUAGCUGGGUCAUGGACAUGCACCGACCCGACAUUGGUGGAGAGCCUGUCGUUUGUCAGAUAUUCGUGGCCGGCCCCAGUAAUUGUUUCUUGAACCUCAAUCACCACUGCCGGGCAUCGGCGCGCGUGCGCCCACUGCGAGUUUCCGGUCAUUGGAUAUGCGGGAUCGAGGCAGUCAGAGACAUCAGGCAUGGGGAGCAGAUAACGGUGAAUUUUGGCAAGAGAUUUCUUCGGAAUCAGGGUUUGCGAUGCGAGUGCGAAGCAUGCCGUGAGACUCUGUAG